GCCACUAAAAUCAUAAAAUGAACGGUCAGGAUUGAUUGCCACUGGCCACAAUCCAACCAUACAAAACAGUGCAUACACCAAAUUUCAGUAUAUAAUAGCUGAUCUUAAGAUCAAACAGUAGAUUUAUUACCCCACAAAAACAGAGGAAUCAAACACUCCAAAAUAAAAAAUAAAUAAAAAAGAAAUAUAAAGCGAGAAAAGACCAGGAGAAAAACACAAGUCGGUCUCUACGAAGUUACCUCACAAAAUCCAAUUCCCAAACGCCAGAAAAAUCCCACCUUUCAUGCUCUGAUCUUCCUCUCUCCUUCAAAUCAGCCCAAAUCAUCUGAAAAAGUAACAACUACCAUCUCCCCAAACCACCCCAAGUGCCCAAAAAUCCAAUAUCAAUUGAAAUCUGGGGGCUUUUUCUGAAAUUUUCCCAAAUCACAAUCCAAUUUCGGUGCCAUCCAAACAUGUCCACUUACACCAAUCCGAAGCCCUGCUCCCACCUUGCGGAUUACAAGCAGAAACAUGGCCAGAAAGGCUACAAUUCCCUCCAAAAAAGCCUCAAGACCACUCCAAAUGGGAGAACAGCCAUUAACAGAGAGAAAUCUCAGAUACCCAGAUGCUGUUUUUGCUCUGGGAAUCAGGGCAGAUUGUAUUUCUGCCUGAUCUGCUCCUCCGUCUCAUGCUUUUCCCCGCCCACCUCCAACCACGCCCUUUUGCAUUCUCAGUCGGAGGCCGGCCACGAUAUAUCCGUUGACAUGGAGCGUGCUGAGCUGUUCUGCUGCGCAUGCUGCGAUCAGGUCUACGACCCCGAUUUCGACAUGGCGGUCAUGUCCAAACAGAUCAUGGGGCUGCCGAAGGACGGCGUCGUCAAGGUGGGCCGUGGGCGUUCGAAUUCCAGCAAGAAGAGUAAAGGUGUUCCUGACCGUUGGAACUCGAAGGAGCUGCUGACCUUGAAGAUGGGCCGUGGGGGAUCGGGGUCGUGCUUCCCGAUGGGUUUGAGGGGGCUGAACAAUCUCGGCAACACAUGCUUCAUGAAUUCAGUCUUGCAAGCGUUGCUCCACACGCCGCCGUUGCGGAAUUACUUCCUUGGCAACAGACAUAACCGCCAGAUCUGCCAGAAGAGAUCGGCUGCUGAUCGGCUGUGCCUGGCUUGUGACAUCGAUGUGAUCUUUGCAGCCGUUUUCUCGGGUGAUCGGACACCGUACAGCCCGGCCCGCUUUCUAUACAGUUGGUGGCAGCAUGCGGCAAACCUCGCCAGUUAUGAGCAGCAGGACGCUCAUGAGUUUUUCAUUUCAAUGCUUGAUAGGAUUCAUGAGAAAGAGGAGCGAUCAAGCCCCCAAAGCAAAGGUAGUGGAGAUUGCCAUUGCAUUGCUCAUAGAGCAUUCUCUGGGUCCUUGAGAUCGGACGUCACAUGUACAGUCUGUGGAUUCACUUCCACUACUUACGAUCCCUGUGUGGACAUCUCUCUCGACUUGGAGCUGAGAGGUGGCCACAGGGUCACUCUCGAAAAGUCGAACAAAUCGAGCAAAAACAUGGGAAUCUCCACUCUCAUCGGCUGCUUGGACCUCUUCACAAGACCUGAGAAGCUGGGUUCUGACCAGAAAUUGUAUUGCCGGCACUGUCAAGUAAUGCAGGACUCGUUGAAGCAAAUGUCGAUCAGACGUCUCCCGUUGGUAUUGUGCUUCCAUAUAAAGAGAUUCGAGCACUCGCCAAUAAGGAAAAUGUCAAAAAAGAUCGACCAAUAUUUGCAAUUCCCAUUCUCGUUGGACAUGACACCGUAUCUAUCGUCUUCUAUCAUAAGGAACAGGUUCGGCAACCGGAUUUUUGCUUUUGAGGGGGACGAGUCGGACAUGUCAACGGAAUUGUGUUCGGAGUUCGAACUAUUCGCCGUGGUUACACACACCGGGAAGCUUGAAUCGGGCCACUAUGUGACUUAUCUGCGUCUACAAAAUCAAUGGUACAAAUGCGAUGAUGCGUGGAUUACCCAAGUCAGCGAACGGGUCGUAAGGGCUUCACAAGGCUACAUGAUGUAUUAUGUGCAGAAGGUGCUUUAUCACAAAGCAAGCGAUGACUUGAAUUGCCUUCCAUUGUCCCCGCGAGAGCGGAGUCAUUCGGUGAGAGAACCGUUCCUUUCAACUUCUGGGUGUUGCUGAGGAGAAUCUGAAUGGGAACUUUGGACGGUGAUGAAAUGCAAUUUCUUUCGCUUCUGCUAAAGAAGAAUGCUUGAAGAUUGAGGAACGGUUGAUUUGAAGAAGAAAUGCGAAGGUUACCAGUGGGAGUAGGAUUUCAAAUCCCACUCACCCCACAGGUGCCAAUGUCCAUGUGUGUAUGAGAUCCAGGCCGUUCGUCAUGUGGGUCCCACUGUACACGGUCUGACCUGAUAAUCAGGCUGGUCUGCUUAUCAGAUGAGAGUUAAAAUGGGUUGACCAGGAGUUUGCAUUUGAUGUACAUUUGACUUGCAGCCUGUGUUUCAGGUCCGGCCACAUACACAAGGUGGCCCACUCGACGAACGGUUUUGACCUCACACACACAUUGGCAGGUGUGGCCGUGUGGGGAGGGCAGGAUUUGAAACCCAGCCAUGGCGGGUCUCAACCAGUUCGAUUUGGUUAUAAUUUCAUGCUGGUUACAGAUUCUGAGUUACUCUUCGCACACAAGACAGGCUUCGAGCAUUGGGACCCGAUAAAAUGAGAUAUGGGACCCACUUCAGAACUUCUCCGUCCUCCUGGUAGCACACCAUCUUGUUCAGCGAUGAAUCAUAAUCAAUGCAUUUCUACUGCUGAAUUCUUUCCGCUGCCCGCAUUAUAAUAAAUAAACAAGAUUGGAGACGCAUGGAGAUUCAUGGUUUCCAAUCCAGAGCACCCUGUUAUAAUAAAAUCAACAGCUAUGCUUCAUUUGGGUGUGACUCAAAAACAGGCAUGGACCAUCCCGGGCAGCGAUCCGUGCGUUAUGGGCUUCUUCGUCUUGGGAUUUACCGCAACGCAAUCAAGAUCGAUGUAAGCAAAGGUACUUCCUCUCUAAAAUUUUAUUUUGAUGAGAGUUACAUUUUGCAUAACCUUCUGUGUUUUUCUGAGAGGGUUGAACGGGAACUUAUUUCAACGCAUUCUUGCUUCUUUGUGUACAUAAUACGUCCCAAUAUUUGAGUUUGAUGGAACGCAGAAUCUAAUAUCUCGAAUGAUAUAAUCCAGGAAAAAAAAAAUCUAAUUGAAUUGCUAAUGAUGAAUGAUUUCUGUCUUCGAGUAGAUUCAUCGACAACAGGAAGCUUUCCAAGUUUACUACUAUAUUUAUGGUUUUAAGACUCGGGCUCGUCCUUGGAUUCAAUACUAAGCCAAUGUGCUUCAAU